GGAAUCCGCCGAUCGGUCCAGCUCGAGCUCCGCCGAUUCAAACUCAAAAAAGAUAUAAUAUUAAACGUUUUUUGGACAGUUUAAGGGACGCGUAGCACCGAUGGAAGAGUCUGCAGCUCCCAGGAGGCCCCACGCGGCCGCAGGUGCCGAGGCAGGUGCUGAGGGGGGGGAGGGUGUGUCUUUCCCCCCCCUUCCCGAGUUUGAGGCUUCUGGAGCCUCUGCGGUGGUUAGUUCAGCCUCUGUGCAACAGGCAUCGGGCCUGGCACCCUUUCUUGUGGUUCCUGUGCUUGAAAACCGUCGCACGGCGAGUUCUCGGCUGGCUCCAGCCGAAGGGGGCGGAGCCUGGUCUCGUUCUGAGCGCAACAGCGGCAACUGGACAAAGCAAAUCCUCUGCAGGUAUUAUCUGCAUGGGCAGUGCAAGGAGGGCGAUAACUGUCGCUAUUCUCAUGACUUCUCUGGGCGGCGGAAAGCUAGGGGGGGCCAAGAUUCUCAGCCUCGGGCCUCUGCAGAUAGAGGGCCCAAGAUGGCCACUGAGUGGGAGCCCCCGACUCAGGAAGUGGCGGAAGCCCCCCCUACUGCAUCCUUCAGCUUUUUGCCUCUCAUUGGCUCAGCUGCUGAAAGGGGCUUCCCUGAAGCUGAGAUUGACAGUGCAGGCAUUGGCUCAGCUGCUGAAAGGGGCUUCACUGAAGCAGAGAUUGACAAUGCAGGCCUAGCAGCAGCUGCUACGGGAGGAGCGGGUGCGGAAGGCUGGGAGGGGGCAAUUGAGUUUGUUCCUGGACAGCCCUACCGAGGUCGCAUGGUCCCCCCGCAUGGUCCCGAGGCUCCUCUGCCGAGACCCCGGGCUCCUCUGCCGAGACGCCAGGCUCCUCUGCCGAGACGCCAGGCUCCUCUGCCGAGCCCGCAGGCUCCUCUGCCGAGCCCCCAGGCUCCUCUGCCGAGCCCCCAGGCUCCUCUGCCGAGCCCCCAGGCUCCUCUGCCGAGCCCCCAGGCUCCUCUGCCGAGCCCCCAGGCUCCUCUGCCGAGCCCGGCAAUUGAGAGAGAGCACAGGGCUAGGAGGAGCCCGCCAAUUGACAGAGAGCACAUGGUUAUGGGCAGGGGGAUGCUGCUGCCGCUUUGCCGCUUUGCUGCCCGGGGAGAAUGCCUCCGUGGGGAGCGCUGUGCAUACCCCCAUGGAGAAAUGUGCGACAUGUGCGGGGAGCAGGCCUUGCACCCUUGGGAUGCGGCCCAGCGGGAAGUGCAUAGAAGGGCCUGCAUUGAAGCCCAUGAGAGAGAUAUGGAGCUCUCCUUUGCUGUGCAGCGCAGCAUGGACAAAGUGUGUGGCAUCUGCAUGGAGGUUGUCUAUGAGAAAGCCGACCCCAGAGAACGCCGCUUUGGCAUCCUUUUCAGCUGCAACCACACCUUCUGUCUUAGGUGUAUCCGCAGGUGGAGAAGUGCCACACAGUUUGAGAACAGGAUCAGUAAGUCCUGCCCACAGUGCAGGGUCUCCUCUGGCUUUGUCAUUCCUAGUGAGUUCUGGGUGGAAGAGGAAGAGGAGAAGGAGAAACUUGUUCGGCAAUAUAAGGAGGGAAUGAGCCACAAAGCCUGCAGGUAUUUUGCUGGAGGCCUAGGUCACUGCCCAUUUGGAGAAUUCUGUUUUUACAAGCAUGAAUAUCCCGAGGGCUGGUUUGAGCAUUUUCCGAGGCCAGAUGGUGGUGGACCAUCAAACGCAUACUGGCAUCAAGUUUUGGAGCCCGUGCACUUGCGAGAGGGAAAAGUGCUGUUUAAAAGCCGUAAAAAGGAGCUUUCUGUACUUCGCCUUGCCAAUCAGUUGCUUAAGAAGUUGCUUUGCCUGAGAGGCAGUUUUUCCUUCACUGAUGACCGCUGGCUCUUUCUUCAGUACCAGCUGGAAGAAUAUUUCAAUUUGAAUCUGUAGUAUCAUGCUGUGGCAUGUGGUCUAGUCUGCUAAGGCUCUGUUGUCUGCUGUUGCUUAUUUCCCUUUACUGAAUGACAAACCUAUUGCUUUCAAAGGCUGUUGUGGCAAUCUUUAUGCAGUAUUGCUGUUUUCUUCUCUAUUUCCCAUUUCUUCUCACUAGGAUUGUGAUGUUUCUCUGUGUUGCAAAAUAACAAGAAAUCUUAAAAGUAUUGUUUGGUGGAAUUAAUAUUUCUGUCAGCUGAUGACUUGUGGUGUUUUCCCAACAGGAUUCAAUCACUUCUAGUCUAGUGUUUACAGUUUCUCAUUGUGAAGUCCCUUAAGAGUAAAUGUGACAAGGUGACAAAAGUCUUUAACUGAAUUAUGAGCUUUUGCUAUAUAGCCUUAAAAAAAAAAAUGGACCCUUACAGGGCCUUGCAGCUGCUGUCUGUGUUUGUUUACAUGUCUGUUUCUUCCCUUCUCUUUCAAGUGCACUUGUUAACUUGUGGUUGCUUUGUGGUUCUGUUUUACUUGACCAAAAUGAGGUGCAUAUGUUUACAUGUUUUUAUCCUGUUUGGCUUGAUGUGAAAUUAUUUAUAUUUGGAAAUAUAUAUUUAAGAGUGAUAUAUAUAUGCGUAUAUGUAUACAAAGAUGUACUUGAAAACGUUGGAAACAAAUACCCACUAUAGUAUAUAUGUUUGAAGUAAUGAAAUAAAUGCAGACUGAAAGCCUAAUGUUAAAGUCUAGAUGUAUGGACUGUGUGUGAAUUGUGUGGAUAAUUUCUCUGCCCCUGUACUGAUGUCAGUGAUCAGUAUCUAAUAAAAAUGACUGCUAUGUG